UCUUUUUGUGAUUGCGUCAGGAAUCGGGAAUACACUUCAGAUUAAAAUGCCGUUGUCGUGUCGGUUUUAUGCCGAACGUUAUCCUGAAAUUGACGAUGUCGUCAUGGUCAACGUCCGUAGUAUUGAAGAGAUGGGUGCCUAUGUACAUCUUCUGGAAUACAACAAUAUUGAGGGUAUGAUAUUGUUAUCAGAAUUGUCCAGGCGACGUAUUCGUUCUAUCAACAAAUUGAUUCGCAUCGGCAAGACUGAACCUGUAGUUGUUAUUCGUGUAGACAAAGAAAAAGGUUAUAUUGAUUUGAGUAAAAGAAGAGUUUCUCCUGAAGAUAUAGAAAAGUGUACUGAAAGAUUUGCUAAAGCAAAAGCUGUUAAUUCUAUUUUACGGCACGUUGCAGAACUUUUAAACUUUGAAUCUGAUGCACAAUUUGAAGAGCUAUAUCAUAAAACAGCUUGGUUUUACGAGGAAAGAACUAAAAAGAAGUCUUCGGCUUAUGAUUUUUUCAAACAAGCUGUUCAGGAUCCAUCUAUAUUAGCUGAAUGUGGGUUAGAUGAGAACACUCAAAAUGUAUUGCUUAAUAAUAUUAAACGUAAAUUAACUUCUCAAGCCGUAAAAAUAAGAGCUGAUAUUGAAGUUGCAUGUUAUGGAUAUGAAGGAAUUGAUGCUGUUAAGACAGCUUUAAAAGCUGGUCUUGCUUGUUCGACAGAGGAGCUUCCUAUUAAGAUCAAUCUAAUUGCCCCACCACUAUAUGUAAUGACCACUGCUACACCUGAAAAAACUGAUGGUUUAAAAGCUUUACAAACUGCCAUUGAAGAGAUAGAUAAAACUAUUCAAACUCUUGGAGGUGUAUUUAAA